AUGGCCCAAUUGUCCAACGAGAAAAUCAUGGAGGAUCUCCCUUUGAGACCUGUGGGCAACAUGGAACGAUUCAACAUCGUCCGCAACUACCUUCAUUUCUACAACAAUGUUCAAGUCUCAGCAACUUACACUAUUCCCUCCUCCCUCCUAUCAAACUUCCCUUCAAGCACCAGCUCCAAUCAACUCCAAAGCCUUAUCUACGCGGGCACGCAAGAAACACUCAAUCAACAUCCUGUUAUGAGCGUUGUGAUAGAAGACGAAAGCACCUCCAAGCCCAAAUGGAAAAGACUGAAAACUAUAAACCUCAACGAAGUCGUGAAGCUCAUCCCUGGAGAUCCAAACGCAAGCUCGGAUUCUUGGGUUCAAGAUGCUCAUCGAGAACGCCUGGAUCGUUGUGAUGAAUUGCCUUUGUGGCGAGUCAUCGUAGUUACCCAGGACUAUCCGAAGGAGGGAACUGAAACCGAAGACGGUCCCGUACAAUUUUCUCUUGGGUUCUUCGCCCAUCACGCUAUUGUAGAUGGGAUAUCAGCUGUGGCAUUCCAUCGUACGUUCCUCGAUGUGUUGAAUGGUUAUAUAGCCAACAAUACCCAAAGAUCCUUGGAUGAGGCCGAGACAUCACUCGUGCCCGCUCCUCGACUGCCACUCAUCCCCACCCUCGAAGAGGAAGGAAGCUUUGGCGUCCAAAUCUUGUUCGCUCUAAAACAGGCCAUCAAAGCCCUCAUCUACAACCGAGUUGACCCCUUAAACUGGAGCGGCCCCAUGUCCGAUCCCUCACUGCCCCGUCCACCAGUUUGCAACAUUCGCAGUUUUCUCCUUCCCACCCCUCUCACCAACGCCGUGCUGGCGAAAUGUCGAAACGAGAAAACGACACUCACUUCGUUAAUCACUGUUCUCACAAGUCGAAAGCUAGCGGUGAUGUAUCCGGAUUACAAACGGUUUACGGGCCAUAUUCCGUUCUCGGUUCGGAAAUUUACGAAGCGAACGCAGCUUGAUAUGGGAUUUUUUGUUACGACUAUCGAGCCGGCUUUUUCUUCGGAGAUCAAAACACCGUCGGGUUACAUAUCCUGUUUUACUCCCUCUUCCCCAUCAGAAUCCGAUGGUUUGCUAUGGGAAAGCUGCCGAAUAGUCGGCAAGUACGUCACGGAAAACACGAAAUCACCAAAUAACCAACUAGUGGGAAUGGCGAAGUUCAUCCCCGAUAUGGAAAAAAUGUUCAUGGGUAGUCUGGGCAAGAAACGAUCGCGUGCUUUUGAGGUCACAAAUCUUGGGGUUGUGGACGGAGGUCUGGGUGAGGAUGGGAAAGGGUCAGAUGGUAAAGCGAGUUUUGAUCGGCUGAAGUUCUCGGCGUCGUUAGCUACGUCGGGGAAUCCUUAUGUGGUUAGUAUUGUGAGUACGAAGAAUGGGUAUAUGGAUAUUACGAUGGCCUGGGAGACGGGCGUUGUGAGCGAUGAUGAGGCGGGGAAACUGCUUGGGUGGAUUGAUGCGGAGCUGAAAAGAUUGGGUGGUGAGUAG